UUUCUACGAACAAUUUACUCAGUGUCGCUUCAGUCCGUUUCCCUUCGCACUGGAAGGCAGUUCUACAAUAAAAUAAUCUCGCCAGUCAGAUCUCCGCAAGCCCGAAUCCACACAAUGCCCUUGACACGCUCCUCAGAUCCCCUGGUGUGGAUCGACUGCGAGAUGACCGGAUUGGAUCCGGAAACCGACCAGAUCCUCCAGAUCUGCUGCUACAUCACCGAUGCCGACCUGAAGCUUCUCGAGCCGCAAGGAUUCGAAACCGUCAUCCACCAACCACCCGCGACGCUGGCGUCUAUGAACCAGUGGUGUAUCGAGACACACGGUCGCACUGGGUUGACGGCCGCUGUACAGGCCUCGACCGUCAGUGCGGAAGCGGCAGCUGCGGCGUUGCUGGAGUACAUUCAACGGUAUGUCCCGCAGCCGCGGACUGGUUUGCUGGCGGGCAACAGUGUGCACGCCGACAAGGCCUUCCUAGCCAAGGGACCGUACAGAAACGUGUUGGAGUGGUUACACUAUCGGAUUGUAGACGUGAGUGCAUUGAAGGAAAUGGUGCGUCGAUGGGGGUCAGACGAGUUGUUGGCGGCGGUGCCUCCGAAGAAAGAGGUACAUCUGGCUCGAGAGGACAUUCUGGAAAGCAUCGCGGAGAUGCGCUUCUAUCGCGAGCGCCUAUUUAGAUAGUUUCUGGUAGCUCGGUAGCUACUAGUAAAAGGGGGAGGUCUGUGUGUUCGCACCGGCGGGGAAUGGGCUGAGUUGGCAUUUAAUAGCUAGCUUCUAUUUAGGGAAGCUUUUUAGGGGGGGGCAACAGUCAUAAUUUGUACGGGCGUGUGUAGUAUGGAAGAGGGGUAAAGAAAUGAGGUCCAAUUAUUGUUUAGAGAACAGGUGUUGAUGAGAG